GAUGCGUGCGUCGCUGCGCAUGCGCGGGGCUGUGCGCGCGCGCUCGAGAGGAGCGAUGGGACGCGCGUGGUGAAGAAGCGGUGAGGAUCCCUCUCUGCAGUCUGGGGUGUAAAAGAUGGCCUCUUGCCCGGAGGUCAGUGGGUCAGAGCGUGCAGCUCGCUUUAAAAGGAUGGCGGGUUCUGGAUGUCAUGGUUUUGGAGUUCGCUCCUACCUGCAUCAUUUCUAUGAGUGCACGGCCUCCAUGUGGGAGCAGGAGGAUGCUGAGAGUCGGAGUGCAUCACCACAGUGGUGGAGCUCAGGCCUCUGCAAGGUUUCUCUGGCAUUCGGAGCAGUGGUCUUAGCUGUGGGGUUGGUGGUCCUGACUGUGGGCUUUGCCAUCCCCUCCCGUAUCGAGGCCUUCGGAGAGGGGGAGCUGCUGUUUGUGGACCGGCAGGCCGUUCAGUAUAACCAGGGGCUGCAUAUGUGCGUGCAGGCCGGCACAGGCAUGCUGAGUCUGGGGGGGCUGCUGAUGGCUGCCGGCCUUCUGGUGUCUGCCUUCUCCAAACCAGUGGGCAGGGAAGGUGAGCGCAGCCCUCAGACCGCCGGGAGAGAGCGGAAAGGGGUCCGUGGAGCCCAAAGAGAGCCAUCGAACACCAGCCUUGUCACUAAAGCACCGAGUCCAGCGGCAGGAGACGGAGCUGUGCCAGUCAGUCUUUCUAAAGUGGAGAACGUCCAGCCUACCCUGUGAAUAUCCUAAACAAGCUCAUCCAUCUAAAGACCUGGAUACACCAAGCCUGUUUUUCUCUUCCCUUCUUAAAUGUUUUAUCUAUAGAAGAACCCAAACUAUUUCAGUAGGUGGCCUGAGAUACAGUCUAGCCAGAUGCUGACCUCACAAAUGCAUAGUUUGGCUGAAUGCAAUCAAAUCUGGGCAGCAGAUGUUCCAGCUUGUGUUGUAAAUCUUUAACAAGAAGAGUAGAAGUUGUUACUGCUGCAAAGGGGGAACAAACCUUAUUAUUAAACGUAUUAAAAUGCUAGACUAAUCUCAAGGGCUUAUUAAGAACACCUCCCAAAACCACAUGGUAGGUUAAUUGGCUAUGCUACGUUGCUCCACACUCCACAAAAAAUGUGCUACAUACUAGGGCUGCACGAUAUAUCGUUUAAGCAUCGUCAUCGCAAUGUGUGCAUGUGCAAAAGUCACAGCACAGGACGUGUGAUGUCACCUAAGACAACUAAAUCAAACACGUCAUGUUGCAUUGUUUUGAUUCUUGACACAAGAAGUAGAUACACAGCACUGUGCCUGUGUCUGUGUGAGGGAUAGGCUCCUGCUGCCUGCGCAAGAAGUGUGAGGGGAGAGGGAGAGUGCGAGGGAAGGGGGGCAGGAGUAAACAUGAAGUAGCUGCAUGGCCUCCAUCCACAUGGUUGGGCACGUGGUUGUAAAUGCACAUGUCGAAAGCCCUGCAGCUCAGUCCAGCACAGUUUUGCCCAGAUAUUUCCAGUUACAGCUGAUUUCAUUCUUUUAAUCCCAGACAAACACUCUUAUUUAAUCGGCCAUUUAAAUGCCCGAUUAAAGAGCCAAUUACUGUUGUUUUUCUGUUUUCCUCGGGUUUUGAGUGCUCAGCGCCGAUUCAGCUCUUGAUUGGUCCGGACGCAAGACAGUGCGUGGGUUGGGGUGGGGCUGGUGACAUCAAAAAAAAAAAAAAUUCCAAUAUCGUGCAGCCUUACUACAUACUGUAAAUACUUUAAGUGAUGCAGUUGAAGAAAUAUUUUUGAAAAUGAAUGAAAUCAAAUCAAAUCAACCAAUUUCACCCUCUUUGUCCCUGUCUUGGUGCUUCAACAGCAAAGGCUUGAUCAUCCUUCUGGUUUAGUGAACCCAAGAACGUAGAACAACCCGCAGCAACUGAGUUAAAGACAUCCUCAUUGGAAAUAUGACCCUGAUUUUACUCACUACUACUACCAUUGUGAUGCUGGCUGGCACAGGCAUCUGUUGGCUGAUGUACCAGAGCUGGGGCCAAUAAAAACCCAAAAAUCAGUGUCUCAGAAAAUUUUUACAUUAUAGAAGACUGUACUUUUGGCAAUAUGGACAGUGUGCUAAGUCCUGCUGGAAAAUGAAAUCCACAUCUCCAUAAAAGUUGUUAGUAGUGGAAAGUAUAAAGUGAUGCAAGAUUUCGGAUAGUGUGGAGAGUCAAGUCAUGUACCAAUUGGUCUUAUAUAAUAUUAUAAUUUUCUGAGACACUGAUUUUUGGGUUUUCAUUGGCUGUAAGCCAUAAUCGUCAACAAUAAAAGAAAAAAAAACAUUUAAAAUAGAUCAUUCUAUGUGUAAUACAUCUAUCUAAUAUAUGAGUUUCACAUUUUGAACUAAAUUACUGAAAUAAAGUAACUUUUCAGUAAUUUUAAAAUUUUACCAAUUGUAAACAAAUUUGGGCUUUUAUUAAAUAGUAGUAAUAAUACAAGUUAUAACAAUACACUUUACUGCUGCCUUUAUGAGAAGAACAAAUAGAGAUGGCAGGAUAAUAAACGCGUAUUAUUACAGCUUUUCUUUUUUUGUCGUCCCUGUACAUUUAUUAAAACAUUGCUUUGGUGUAUCCAGGCCUUUCCAGGAAGUGAGAAAAUGUCCAUACUUUUGAGAAAGAAAUUACAGAUUAUUUUAUUAUGGUUUAUUAUGUGCCAGUUUUGUGUUACUGACUUUUUUAUUGAUUUGUAUUCAUAAGUAAGUCAUACCGUUCAUAUUUAUUGCAUUGUUUAUUUUUAAAGAUAAAAUCAGAUAUUGCUAUUCUAACACACUUAUAAAACUUGUAAGGCUGUGACUGAAAUGGAUUCCACUCCCUCAUUAGUAUUGCACUUCACAGGGAGAGACUAUUUAAUUCCCUAUUAGCUGUAGAAAUGUAAGUAAAUGAAAUGAAACUGAAACUCUUUCAUCAUUAACCUCCAUCAGCACCAGUCACAUUAUCUGACACAUGAGUGGCUGAGCUGUGUUUAAAGCUCUGUACACACACAAACUGAAUUCUGACUGAAAGUUAGUAAAAGUAUUGUGCUGUUCAUUAAAUAAUAUUUAGAAUUUAUUAUUUACAUAAGGCAAUAUAAGCCCUCUCCAAAUAAGCCUAACUACAAAUAUUCUAUUGAAUAGCAGGACUAAUAUAUUCUAAUAUAUUCAUUCUAAAAACAGAGUGGUCUGGUGGGUUCAUUAGUUAUAACUGAUCUCUACAUUUUGCACUAUACAAUACUAAGGUCAUCCAAACUAUGGAAAAAAAAAUAAAACGUAUGAAAUUAUGUAGUAACCAUAAAAGUGUUGAACAAACCAAAAUAUGUUUUAUAUUUUAGAUAUUUUAGAAGUACGUACCUCUUGCUUAGAUGACAGCUUUGCACAUCUUGGAAUGAGUUAUGAAACUGAUGAAACUGGCUCUUAUCAGAACUGCCAAAGGAAUAGAAGAGCAAGAGUUACCACUGUUGCACAGAAAAAAAAUUAACAAUGCUUCUCAGAGUAUUUUGGUUUGUUUAACACUUUUAAGUUUCUACAUGAUUAUUUACGUAUUCCUUCAUAGUCUGAAUGACUUAAUUUUUCAUUUACAAUGUAGGAAAAAAAUUAUAAAUAAAUAAAAUCAACAGAACAACCCUUAAUUUCACGCAGGAAUCCAUUUAUUUACAUUUCCAUGCAUCAAAAGUUCUCAGUCUCUAAAUCCCCAAAUUCACACAACUUACUGACUCUAAAAAAUAUGGUACUAUCAGAAUUAAUGUGUUAAAGUUGUUCAGUUUGUGCUUAACUUCAGGUUCUAACUUUAGAGGCUUUUCAUAUUGUGAUUCUUGGUGAGAAACAAAUUUUUCUGAUAAAGAAAAAGGAAAGUUUAUAGGACCUCAAAAUCAUGAUAGAAUUCCACUUUACUAUUUGGUUAAAAGGCUGACAAACUCAAAAAUACCAUAAAACACAACUAAGGACCCAUUUCAGUCACAGUUCAGUUCACAUGCUGAAGAGGUUUGGCUUACAUGCGUCCUUUCUUUUGUGGUUACCUGGCAACCUCUUGAUCAUGUAAUUCACCUUAUUGAGCAGGAACAAAAUGGUGAUGAGUGCUGGCAGCACUAACACCUCUUAUUCACAGCAGUCGUGAAGAAGAAGAAGGAGGAAGCACAUAAUGCUGUUAAUCUGCAAAGGCACUCCAGAGCAAUGUACCUUGAUUACUCCACUUAAGUCAUUUCUUUUCAUUAUGUUAACUCGAAUUUUCCUCAUUUCCUUGUUAUCUUUCGCUCUGCUGUUUCUUGGUCACUUGUGUAUUCAAGCUUUUCUCUUUUUUUUUUCGUUUCGUUCGAUUGGAAGAACUAAGGCUAAGGAUUUUGAAGGCUCCUGUCCAACCAAACGUGCUCAAUAAAUUCUAAGCAUACUCAAA